GAUCCGCGCCGGAACCCCCAGGGGACCUGCCCCCCUGCCCCCCUGUCCCCCCUUGACCGCGAGACAUGAAGCCCUGCGGAGAAGACGACGCCGACGCCGCGAGGUGCAGCUGGGACGUGCGCUGCUCUGGGCUGGCGCGCGCCACGCACAACCCCAUCCGCGCCGUCGUCGAGAACCUGCAUCUGGAGCCGAACCCCGGCAAGCAGCUGAUAGCGCUGUCCCUGGGCGACCCGACCGUGUUCGGCAACCUGCAGCCUCCAGGGGAGCUGCUGGAGGCAGUGCAGAGCAGCCUGGAGUCCCUCAGCUACAACGGCUACACCGCCGGCAGGGGCAGCCAGGAAGCCAGAGAGGCAGUGGCCAAGUACUCUUCGACUCCCGGCUCGACCGUGGAUCCAAACGACGUGGUGCUGUGCAGCGGCUGCUCCGGGGCGCUGGACAUUUGCAUCACCGGGGUGGCAGACCCGGGUCAGAACAUCCUGGUGCCUCGCCCUGGCUUCUCCAUAUACCGCACCCUCGCCGAGGGCUGCGGCAUCGCCGUCAGGUCGUACGACCUCAAGCCGGCGGACGGCUGGGAGGCGGACCUGGUGCAGAUGGAGCAGCAGAUCGACAAGAACACGGCCCUGCUCGUCGUCACCAACCCCUCCAACCCGUGCGGCUCCGUGUACAGCCGCCGCCACCUGAUGGACAUCCUCGAGGUGGCGCGCCGCAACUACCUGCCCGUGCUGGCCGACGAGAUAUACGAGCACAUGGUGUUUCCCGGAAAGGAGUUCAUUUCAAUGGGCUCGCUCUCUCAAGAUGUUCCUAUUUUAGUCUGCAGUGGACUCGCCAAAAGGUUCCUUGUGCCUGGCUGGAGGAUUGGAUGGAUAAUCAUUCACGACAGAAAUGGAAUCCUCCAAAAAGAGGUGUAUGGUGGACUGCAGCGCAUGAGCCAGAGGACUGUCGGCUGCAACACCUUGGUGCAGGGAGCCCUGCCGGCCAUUCUCGCAAACACGCCCAAGGACUUCUUCGUCAACACGAUCGCCGUACUGUAUAAUAAUGCCCUGGUAGCGUACGACAUACUGAAGAGGGUUGAAGGACUGUACCCCGUCAUGCCCGAAGGAGCCAUGUACAUGAUGGUUGGCAUCGACAUGAUCGAUUUCCCGUUCGAAGACGAACUUGAAUUUCUGCAGCAGCUGAUGCGGGAGGAAAGCGUCUUCUGUCUGCCCGGUCAAUGCUUCGACUACCCGAACUACAUGAGGCUGGUGAUAACGGUCCCGGAGGACCUACUGAAGGAGGCGUGCCACAGGAUAGCAGACUUCUGCGCACGGCACCACAAGACCAUCUGCACCCUGCCCACCUGACAAGGGGGUGUGGGGGUGCUUGGGGGGGAGGAUCUCCGGGAGCCGCCCCGACGAACCGGGCGCCCGGAUCCACACCCCACGGUCGCUCGACCCCCACAUCCGUGCAGCCAGGGAAGAAAACCUGUUGCCGGUUCCCACCCUCUCGCCGUGCCGAGAACCAUGACUUGUUGCACAUCACCGCAGCGAAACUCGUAGGCGUUACAUGGUUCGUACCUUUUCACAUUGGUCGACAUCGAGUUUUUAAGAAGCCCGUUAAUAACAUAAAUGUCUUCAGAUGUACAUUAAUUUCAGUAGGUUCCUGAUUUUACUCACAGUUCACCGUAAGUUAAACUAUUAUUCAUAUCACUCGAAAGAAAUUAGCUGGGUCACCACUGACAAAAGAAACUCUCGGGCAAAAAAAAUAUACGUGGACCUAAUUUAACACUGUGAAACACAAAGUGCAUGUGUGCGAUUAUGACUUUGCUGCCAGUGUCCGAAUCGAAAUAACGCAACAUAGGUACUUGAUGUUUUUUAGUUUUUAUGAGAAUUGAAUAACAUGUUUAUUAAGGAGUUUUAUAGUUGCCAUGGAGAAAUAUAAGGUCAUUUAAGGGCUCUUAAAAUAAAAAAUAAAUAAAACAAAUUUAUGGAUUUUAAGGAAAUUAAGGAGGGGCAUGAACGCUACGAGACUACAAAAAAGAAACAAUGUUCCUUGUUUAACACGGAUUUUAUUUCUGCCUCCUCCCAGUGCAGUACAGAACCUCUCCAGCUUUCCACACACGUCAGCGCUUAACUUUCCGGCUAUGCUCCCAAUCCUCUUCGUAUCCUUGUAUCGUAUCCUUUUCUCUCUCGUCCCUCCCCAAACAUAGUCUUUAAUGACUUUGAUCGCUCCGAUAUGUUGAGCUCUGUGCGUAAUACCAUUCAUCGCACGUCGCAAAACUUAACAACAUGACAGGUGGCAAGGAUUGUAAAAAUUGGACAGACACCACAGUCCUCCGGAUGCUGAGGCUGACCUCAUCUGCCCAUUGGCUGAAGGAUUGCAAGAGCCUCGGACUGGGUUGCCCGUGUUUCCGUACUUUGUACUUUUGUGGAGGGUGCUACCGAUGGAGCAGCACAGAGGUACAGCCGUCUGAACGACAGUCGUUCGCGAAAUGAACCCUUGGAAUUCUUCCCAUCUCUGCUCGUAGGUUUUGCAGGUCGAUUAGAAAGUGGCAUUUGAGAAUGCACCUGAUAAAAGACGGUUGACGAUUGUGAACUCCUCUUCCGACUCUUGUACAGAUUAUCUUCCAAACGAUCCUUUCCCUGGCUACACCGAUGUCGUGACAAGAGAAACGCUGGUCACUGCUGACCGCGGUUAAUGCUUAAUUUUUUGCGAAACCGAGCAAUUCGUGGGCUUUUGAGAACACACUGGACUUCCUUCAGUUCAUUCUGUAAUCAUGCUCGGAAAGGAAGACUAAAAUAUGUGCAAACAUGAAUAUCAUGAUUGGAAAAAGAAACUACCAUGAUUUAAAGAUAAAACAAAUCCAUAAUAUGUUUAUAUCAACCAUUGAUUGUUUGAUUAUCAUACUUUGUACAAAUGUGAAUUGUUAUGACAUUAAAGUUAUUUUUUUUUUAAA